AUCACUGGUUGUUGUGCUCCAGCACCGUCCAUUGUCCUGCAAUUUCGUCGGCUGAUUACUAUGACACACGUGCGUGAUACGAGCGAAAUCGGAGCAUCCUGUUGAUCCAUUGUAUCCAGAACCAGUAGCGACUAAAACUUCGGGCCUGCCGUACAUAAAGGACAACAUUGUCGAGCAUUCUUCUGUUUUUACUGAAUUGCCUGUGUUCAAGGAUAUCUUUGACUAUGGAUUACCGAUUAACAAUAUUGGUGUGCAUUGUCCUCUUCGCCCUUGUAUCAGCCUCGCCCGUCCGCGAGAAGCGCGACAUCAUGGAGUCGAUGAAGGGCGCUUGGAACGAUAUGGUGAAGACGCUCAGCGACGCUAGCGACGCCGUUGUGCACGUGUUCAAGCCCACCGAGCGCAGCGUCAUCGACAAAAUGGCCGACGGGAUCAAAGAUCUUACCAACUGACAAC